AAAAAGGCUCCUCCAAAUGCGGCCAUGCCUCCACCUCCAUCGUCCAUCCGGACGGAGAGGUGGGCGGGAAGGGAGGAGGGGGUGGCGGAGAGGGAGGCGGAGGAGAGGAUGGAGAUGGGACAGGGGGUGGCGGUAAUAGUGGCGGUGGCGAGGAAGAUGGGAAGAGAAAGCGAGGAUGGGCGGGGAGAGGGAGGCGGUGGAGAGCGUGGAUGGAAGUCGGGUAGGGAUCGGCUCCCGGAUCGGGAUUUGGCCAACUCGAUGCGUACUAUGGUCGGGUCGGCUAAUUUCUACGCCGCUGCCGUGGCACACGUGUGGCUCCCCCUCCCCUUCCCGGCUUCCCCUCCCCCUUCCCCAGUCCGUUUUCUCACACGUACGAGACCCGGUCCAUCUCCUCCCGAUCUCCCCCCAAUUCCCUCGCCAAUUCCCCCUAACCCCACCUAGGUUACAAAACCCUCUUCUUUCGAACGAUCCGGGCGAUAAAGGGCCGCCUCGGCCGCGCCUCUCCUUCGCCCGCAACGGCCUCUUCUCAAUCCCGAGCUCAAGGAGCAGAAGUGAAGCGGAGAAGAGGGCCAUGGAGAGGAAGUCCGGCAGCUGCGCCAUCUGCGAGAAUUCCAACCUCGCCUCCAUCUGCGCCGUCUGCGUCAACUACAGAUUAAGUGAUCGCUACAACUCGUUGAAAUCGCUGAAAAGCACAAGGGAUUCUCUUUAUUCGAGAUUGAAUGAAAAGUUGGUGGAAAAGAAGAAAACAGAUAAUCAAUUUAAUUGGAGACUAAGCCAAAAUGAGAAACUCAAGAAGUUGAGGGAGCGACUAAACCACUUGAAGAAACAACUCUCACAAGAGAAGGCUAAGGUUGAGGAAGAAUCAAAUGAUCUAAACUUAAGAUAUGGGAUGCUGGAUUCGGCUUUUGCAUCGUUACAAAAGAACCGUGUGGAGUUGUUGGAGACGUUCUAUACCAAUAUCAUUUACGCUCAGAAUUUAGUCUAUAUGGAGAUCACCUCUGAACGUCUUCACAAACAGUUAGUAGUUAUAAAACAAAUCUGCAAACUGUUCCCAAUGCGUCGAGUGAAUCCAGAUGGUGAAAGAAAGGAUGGGUCUAGUGGUCCAUUUGAUCAAAUAUGCAAUGCACGCUUACCUAGAGGACUUGAUCCGCAUUCAGUUCCAUCUGAAGAGCUUGCAGCCUCUCUGGGGUACGUGGUCCAACUUCUAAAUCUUGUUGUCCGAAACUUGGCUGCUCCAGCCCUUCAUAAUUGUGGUUUUGCGGGUUCUUGCUCAUGCAUAUGGCAGCGAAAUUCAUAUUGGGAUACACAUCCGUCUUCACAAAGCAAGGAGUAUCCACUUUUUAUUCCGAGGCAGAACUGCUGCUGCUCCAGUGACGACAAUUCAUGGUCUGACAGAAGCUCCAGCAAUUUUGGUGUUGCUUCCGUGGAGCCAGAAGAUACUUCUGGAAGUAGUAGCUCUAAUUAUUCUUCUGCUUCUCCACAUUCUGUCGAAACUCACAAGGACCUGCAGAAAGGAAUAUCACUACUCAACAAAAGUGUGUCAUGCAUUACAGCUUACUGCUAUAAUUCUUUGUGCUUGGAUGUACCUUCUGAAGCUUCCAAUUUUGAAGCAUUUGCAAAAUUGUUGGCCACUCUAUCUUCAUCAAGGGAACUGCGAUCUGUUUUGUCAUUGAAGAUGGCAUGCUCAAGGUCUGAUAAGGAAGCUCAGCUGAUGAACAGAUCAGUAUGGAAUGCAAAUUCAGGGGUUUCAUCAAGUAGUUUAGUGGAGAGUAUGCGCACAACAAUAAUGCCAAAUGCUAAUGGCAACCAGUUCUCAAACUCUGCUACUAGUUUUCUUUGCUCGGACGAGAUGAUUGAGUCGGAAAGAUCUGAAAGCCUUGUGGAAGGUUGGGAUAUAGUGGAGCACCCAACCUUUCUCCCACCACCAUAGCAGGUUGGAGAUGUUGAACUUCGGACACGGGUAAUGUUCAUAAAUGCUACGAAAAACUAGCAAGGCACCAGCUGCUCUUUCACAAUACGUCUCUUACUGUGUAAUUUCGAUGUACAUAACUAAUUGUUGCCCUUUUUUUCUGGCUGUAAAUAGCUUUUCCUUGUAGUUUUGUAGCACAGAAGUAUAGCUCCUGAUUUUAUCCAACAAAUUAAUGCUUUUAGCUGGGGAGAAGCUUAUGUCUUGUUGUACAUUAAUUAUAGUAACGGCAAUUUACUUGAAUUAUGCCAAUUUGGCAAAGCUU